CGUCUGCGCACGGGCGCGCGCGCCAGCCAGAGCGCGGAGCGGUGGGUUUUUGUCUGGCGGAGCAAAGCGUCUGAUCCUCAGAGGUCUCGCGCACACCGAAGGAGUAGCAACGCAAGCAGCGAGCAGAAAGAAAGCUAUUUAAACCCGCGGGGACGUGAAAGAGUCCGCGUGCUCCCCACAAAUAUCCCGCAGGAACAUUUACUUCCACACAGCGCGACACUGUCCGCGGCCACCUUUAAUAAGCUCCUCUUAGCUGAAGUAUUAUGGAGGACCAGUUGCUGUGCUGCGAGGUGGACUCCAUCAGGAGAGCCUACCAGGACGUGAACCUGCUCAACGACCGGGUCCUGCACACAAUGCUGAAGGCGGAGGAAAACUACCUCCCCUCUCCCAACUACUUCAAGUGUGUCCAGAAAGAUAUUGUUCCCAAAAUGAGGAAAAUACUAGCCACCUGGAUGUUAGAGGUCUGCGAGGAACAGAAAUGCGAGGAGGAGGUUUUUCCACUGGCUAUGAACUAUUUGGACAGAUUUUUAUCAGUGGAGGCCACCAGGAAAACAAGACUACAGCUGCUCGGAGCCACGUGCAUGUUUCUAGCAUCCAAGAUGAAGGAGACGGUCCCCCUCACCGCGGAGAAACUCUGCAUCUACACGGACAACUCGGUCCACCCAGGAGAACUGCUGCAGAUGGAGCUGCUGGUUCUCAACAAGCUGAAGUGGGAUCUGGCUUCGGUCACCCCUCAUGACUUCAUCGAGCACUUCCUGUCCAAGCUGAAGAUCUACCCAUCCACAAAGCAGAUCCUCAGGAAACACGCUCAGACCUUUGUGGCCCUCUGUGCUACAGAUGUCAACUUCAUUGCCAGCCCUCCGUCGAUGGUGGCGGCCGGCAGCGUGGUGGCAGCGGUUCAGGGUCUCUACCUGAAGAGCCAGGAUGCCUCUCUGUCCUCCCAGAACCUCACCAACUUCCUGUCGCAGGUCAUCCGCAGUGACCCGGACUGCUUGCGGUCGUGUCAGGAACAGAUCGAGUCCCUGCUGGAGUCCAGCCUGCGCCAGGCUCAGCAGCACAGCCAAGCAGCAGAAACCAAACGUGUGGACGAGGAUGUGGACCUGUCCUGCACGCCCACAGAUGUGAGAGACAUCAACAUCUGAGCCAAUGGAUGACCACGUCGCUCCGUGACCCGAUGGAUCAAUGGAAAGUUGUCAGAAGGGGCUCAUGGGUGGGCCAGGAUGGGGUUUGUCUCAUCUGAACUCAGCGUCCCCUCCUCCUUCCUCCUCCUGCUUCCUGGUGGGCUGCUAUGAUUUCCAAUACGUCACUCACACGCCCACCGUCCAUUAUGGCUGCCAAGACAAGACAGAAGGCCCCGCCCGCCAUGCAACACACCCGUGGUGUCCCUCCCCUCUUGGAAAAAGAAGUGAACACUACAGAAAUGUACCAGAGAGAGAAAGACAAUGAGCGGUGGGGGGGGGGGGGGGGGGGGGGGGGGGCUGGAGAUGAAGCCACACAUAUUUUACUAGAUGUCUUUAUUCCCUCACUUGUUAAACUAGGAAUCUUUAAAUGACCACAGACUCAAGUGGCCUACUAAAACAUCACAAAGUGUCCUGUACAGUAGGUCCAGCUCGUCUGUCUUCAGGUCUUCGUCUAGAACCUGGAGUGUAUCUAAACAGAGAAGCUGUUUUCUUUUGUAAUAUAUUUAGAAAAAUUUAGUCUGACCAACUUCCCAUGUUUGUCUUGUAGUGCAGACAUUCAUUUAUCCCUGCUUGCUUAUGUUUAGUCACUUUAUCCCAUCGUUUAGUCAUCAUUUAGUCUUAAUCCUCUUCUCUUCCCAGCUUUUUUGCUUCUUUUUUUAAGCCAGUUUAGUGAGUGACGCUGUGUUUUAUGAUCCUAGAGACUGUUGGCUGCUAAUGUGGACAAAUGGACAUCCUUGCUCGUUCCUUUACGACAUUUAUUUUGGCCGUUUCAGCUUGCUGUAGUUUGAUAACAUCAAAUCAAUGCACGUCUGUUCUUUCUUUCUCUCAGUAGGUAGACCUAAUAUCAUUCCAAUGUUAAAAAAAGCACUUUUGGUCAGCGACGCUGGCUCAGCUAGAAACAUCAUAAAGUUUGGAAGAGAACAUGAAGAUGGAAGAGGGGGUGUGACCUGGAGUGUUUGGGUGAACCACUCGUGCUGCUUGGUGCUGUCAGGGGUCUCCAACCCACUGCUUCCCAGUUUGACCAGUAGGGUGCAGGUAGAGCUGCUCUGUCCAGCUUCUAGUUAAACAUCAGCACGCAGGGCCAAAGGCUAAAACUACAGAGGUUAGAAUAAAAGAAAUUGUCUUAUUUUUCUAGUUAAUAAUGCUUUACUUUUUUUAUAAACAUUUAUUUUUAUAGCAACUGUCCAUGGCGCCACCUGCUGGUGUUUAAGUCUGUCCAGAAACAGUAAAACUAAAACUCACCAGGUCAGCACCUCCCCCGACCUCAGUUCACAUACUGCUCAUGGAUUAUGGGAAACGGAUAAAGUUUAAAAAAAGAGGAGUGAUGAGACUAUUGAUGUGAUUUUGCACAAACCUAAAAGACGUGAGCUGCGUUUCUUGGGGACUUGCCUAUAAAAAUAUGGAAACAAAGCUGGCAACAGUACCAAGAGGUGAAAAGUGGCAAAAAAGGGUGAAGGCUCACCGACAGGGGGGUCUUAUUGCUGUAGAGUUGAAGUCGGGGCUCCUACACAAGACUUGCAGCAAGCUGGAGGGCUCCGUUUUAAUCAAAGGGUGGAAACAUGCUGAACUCUGUGUAGGAACCCUGUACAGUAGGUUUCUGAUUGUAAUUAAGGAUAGAAAGUAGGAGAGAAACACUCCUUAUAUUCUGCUGCUAUAGAGGAAAAUCCCAGCUAUGUGUUUAAAGAAAACUAGAAAAAGAUAAAAAAGAAAUGGAUUUAAAACGAUGCUUUUCUCCUGUUGUUUGCUGCUACAUUUUUUUGUACGUAUAAAUGUCAAUAUACUGCCAUUCUAGGUUUGAAUUUUCUCAUAGAAAAUUGUGUUAUUGACAUCCUCAUUUGUUGUUUUGUGUAGAUUCUAUGUGAUCAGUUUGUGUUUUUUUUUUUUUUUGUUUAUAAUUACAUCAUAUGAUUCUCCAAACUUAUUCCAAAAACAAGGAAAAUUAGACAAUGUACAGAUAUGCUUUGAUCCACAAUACCUCAUGUGACAGUCAAGAUCUAUCUCUAAUUUUUAUGAGUCUUUUUAUUUGUUUAGUUCUUAUUUUAUUCUGCUGGCUGGUUGAGUCCAGCUCUGCUGAACCUGCUCGAGGUGAAGCAUCUGCGAUGGAAACCAGCGAGUCCAGGGCAUGCUUUGAUUCUGGUGCCAUAACAGAAAGUGGGAUAUGUAUAACUCUGUUGAGUGUUAAGCUGUCUCAGUGAAAGAGACUUUACCCCCUUUAGGCCCAUAGUGGCCUUUCUUCCUCCCCCUUUUUAUAUUUAUAAAGAGAAAAAGCUUUGUGCUCCAAUUUUCAAACUGUCAAUGAGUUGAUUUGACGUUGUAAAUAGAUUCCGUGUCAUGCUCAGUAAGCCAUAGACUGUUUAUAUUGUUUCCACAAAUCAUUCCACACAGUUGUGUCUACUUCAUGCCGGUCGCCUCCAGCUGGGACAAACUGUAUUCAUCUUUGUGUCAACAACACAAUAAAAACAUCAAUUAGAA